AAAAAAGUUACCCCAAAUGAAAACGUAUUUUGAAGUUCUUUGCUCACAUAUCAUUAUCUAAAGGUUCCCUAUCAACAAUUAUUCAACUUUUUUCUGGAAAUGUUAGACUUAAUCAAAAACCUUGAAAUUAAGCUGCAUACAAUCAAAAAAUAACAACCAACAAGUCAGGUGCCUCUUAACCUAUAGGAAACUGCUGAACUUGAAAUUUUCUAGGGAAAUAUCGAUCAAAGAAAUGACGGAAGUGAUGAGGCAGAGGGAUAAAUCGAUUUCUGCUUGUGUACCCUUCGUUCCCAAACACAACAGCCGUUACGGGCCACUAAUGUUUUCCUUGGCCGCCAGUAUGGUCAACGAUUUAAAUAAUCCCUCUAAAAAUAAAAUAAAGACCAAGCCUCUCCUAUGCAAUACUCUCAAAAAGGACUGCCCAUCGAAAACCGGUGCAUCACUUAAACCCAAUUCACCUAGCCCUAAACUAGAAAUGUGCCCUAAAGUGCCUAAAAAUAAAGGAGAGAAUUCCCGAAUCCUUGGCCCAAAUAAACUCAGUUUUGCCACCCCACCUAAACCAGAACUAAAAGAUCCUCAUUUCCGAAAUCCCGAUCUCGUUCAAUUAAUCGAAACAUUUCCAAAUCUAAGCGAACUUAAAACGAAUGGCCUGAAAGCUAAAUCGUGUCGAACCGUUAUCUAUGCUCUAAAUUCCGAAAUAAAUAAAACAGGUGAUAGGUCAAACAAUUCCAGAAAACUCAAUCACUACGUUCUUCAAAGAUCUCACGGAUGCAAGCUCAUUAUAGACUCUUUAGAAACACAAUUGAAAGACAACGAGAACGCUAAAAAAAACGAAAUAGAUUGUGUUAAAUCUAGUCACGCUGAAAUGUUGACACGAGUCGAGGCGAAUCAUAAAACCGUUCUAAAAGGAAGAUUAUUAAGAUUCCUUCUUUUGAAAAUGAAACGCAUUUUAGCCAAAGAAAACGAGUCCAACAGCUGGAAACAGAAAUAUCUUAAUUUAAGGAAUCAUCACACCUCUGUCAAGAUCGCCAAUAGACGCAAUAUACAGGCUUUGGACAACAAGGAAAAUAGUCUAAUUCAGGAAUUGGCCAGAGUCAAUAAUAUUCUUGACGCUAAAAACACCGAUAUAGAUUCUCUAAAGGCCGACAAGGAACACCAAAUUAAAAAGUUAGGAGAAUUAGAGCUGUUAAAACUAGCCCAGAUCGAACAAUUCAAACGAAGUUUCGAUUCAGAUUUGAGCCAGAUUCGAGAAACCCAUUCUAAUGCUAUAUUAGAAAAGAUUGUUAAAAUUGAUACUCUGAAGCUGGAUUGGCAAAUUCAGAAGCGGAAUAACCAAUUAUUGAUACUGGAACGCGAUUCCCUGAAACGCCAUAUAAACACUUUGGAGAAAAAUGAACGAUGUGUAAAAGAAGAUUUUGCCAAUUUAAAUGCGAUCAUUCAGGACAAAAACACCGAAAUCAGGGGGCUAAAUUUACAAAUUAUGGAAUUACGCGAAAAGAUCGAAAAUUUAUCAAGUGUUAAAAAAAAAUCUGAACUACUCAAGCAAGAAAUCGAGCAUCAAAAGUUCGUCAUCGAAAGAAAAAACGAAUAUGUGAAACUUAUGUCAGUCGAAAGGUCCCGGCUUUUAAAAGAACUCCAUUGGUGUAAAAGAUGUUUUGCCGAGGAUAAAUCAAUAUUAGAUACUAACAGGUUUUGCAAUAGUAGAUCCUGGCCAUCCCUCCCUAAAUUCACCUCAUGCCUACAUAAAACAUCUUAUACACAAGCCCCAGAUUAUUUGAUGUGACCAGAUAAAUCUAUUUAUAAAACUCCUACCAGAACAUUUUAAAUCAUAUUUUAUCACAUUUUUCUGUUGUUAAAUAAUAUUUUUUUAUAUUGUGAAAUUGUAUUUUCUUUGUUGCGAAAUCACAUUUUUUUAGUAUUAUUUUUAUAGUCAUUUAUGUAUUUUAUUUAUUAGA